UUAUUUUAUUUACAUAUCUCUCUCUCUCUCUCACUACUUUUUGGGCAAAGUCCUACUAGGACAAGAUCUUGUGUGUACCUUGGAUAAACUUCAGGGGUGAGAUUAUUACAGAACAGAGGGUGGCAAGAGCUCAAACUAUCAGAAGAAGCAAAAGUGGAGAGAGAAGCUAGUGAGAGGGGAAAAAAAAUCCAAGUGUAUUUAUUCAGCUAGCGAGCUUAUAUAUAUAUACAUAAAAAGUGGAGUACUCGCUUCUCCUGCUCAUACUUGUGAAGAAAGCUCAACUUAGCUACUACGAGGAGAAAGCUUGAUGGAGAGUCAGAAGAGAAUUUGUGUUGAUAGUUAACAUGCAGAGGACCUUUGAAUAAAGGGUGAAAUUGAAGUCAAAAAUGCUUAGAGGAGAGAACUCUUGGAUGGCAGCAAAUCAUCACAAGCUUGGUGAAAUUGAGCUUUCGGAUUCUGGGCCUUCAGCUCAGCCCGCUGCCAAUUUCUUUGACCAUGAAGGAGCUACUUACUUUGAGGAGCUUGAAGAAGCUCUUAUGCAAGGAGUUGUUGGCAUUAGGAGUACUGAUGAUCAGGACAGGAAGUCUUUUUUCACCAGCAGACCUCCUCCAACUCUUGAAAUUUUCCCCUCAUGGCCAAUGAGAUUUCAGCAGACUAACAAGGGGUGUUCACAGUCAGCAGAGGAGAGCACAGAUUCAGGA